AUGUCCCUCGGGGCCUUCUUGACUGACGAGAAUACCGGAUCAUGGGCUGAUGAGAUGGAGGAUAUGCCAAUUUAUUCACGAACUGGAUACGGUGCUGAGCGCAGGACCUACAACUCUUCGACUGGUGCAUACGGCGGUGCUGCCUCAGGAGGCUACUCCGUCCGUGAGGAGCUUCCCCUCCCUAGCAAGCCACCGUAUACUGUUCAUUUGGGCAAUCUAUCAUUUGAUGCCACCGUCGGCGAUGUCACUGAUUUCUUCACCGGCUGCGAGUGCAUCAAUGUACGAAUUAUUGAGGACAAGAUGGAAAUGAAGCCAAAAGGAUUUGGUUAUGCAGAAUUCCAAACCCUUGAAGGAUUGAAGUCGGCUUUGACGCUCAACCAAACCCAAUUCCAAGGGCGUAAUAUUAGAAUCAGUGUUGCUGAUCCACCCAAGGACCGUGAUGGACCAACCAGAGAAUUUAAUGACUGGAGCAGAAAGGGUCCAUUGCCAGACCUGCCAUCCCGAGGAGGUGACCGACGAACAUCCGAUCGCGGCGGAUUUGGAGGAGAUUUUGGUGGUGAGCGAAGGGAGCGUGGAGCACCAGAGGGCGAUGGGAAAAUCCGAGACUUUGGAAAUUGGGAACGAAAGGGCCCACUUUCGCCAGUCGCUCAGCCAGACCGCUCGGGUCCAAGAGAAGGAGGUCGCCCACGAACGAACGACGGCCCACGACAAGAAGGAUUCCGAGACCGAAGAGCAUCUCCAGCUCAGUGGGGUGAAGGUCGUCCACAAGGCUCACAAGAUGGGUCAAGACCUCCACGACGCGAAUUCCAGGAGCGAGCUGUUCCCGAUCGUGCUCCAACUGCUGCUGAGCAAGAUAGCCAGUGGCGUACAAAGAUGCGUCCUGAUGCACCAGCAAAGUCUCCAGUGCCAUCGCGCGAUGGAAGUGAGGCACCAUCAUCGCCCGCGGUUGCUCCAGCUACCCUCCCAGGUGGACGACCAAAACUAAAUCUCGCAAAGCGAACAGUCUCGGAAGCCCCAGAUCUUCCAUCCCCAUCAUCCGUUUCUGGUGAUGCGAAAGCCAGCCCCUUUGGUGCCGCCCGUCCAAUCGAUACAGCAGCAAAGGAGAAGGAGCUCGAAGAAAAGAGAGUCGCCGCGCUUGCUGCGAAGAAGGAAGCCGAAGAGAAGGCCAAGGCAGAGGCGAAGGAAGCUGCGGAAAAGGCAAAGGCUGAGGAGGCAGAGAAGGCAGAGAAAGCAGAGGCUGACCAGAAGGUUGAGAUUCUCCAGAGAGAGGAGACUAUUGAGACCGAGAACGCCAACGGAGAGAUUGUUGACGACAAGGCUGUCAAGCCAAAAGAGAUUGUCCGUGAUGCAAAGCCUAAGCCAGUCGAGACUGGUGCUUGGAGAAGAGCAUCAAAUGGUCCACCAACACCGAGAGAUGAUACCCCUCGCGGUCCAAGAGGAGAUGGAGGUCGUGGCCGAGGUGGAAGAGGUCGUGGAGAGGGACGUGGUGGAAGACACUACGAGGAGCGCGGCCCACGACGAGAUAUGAACGGAGGCAAGUCACCAGCAUCUCCAGCUCAACCACCCGCUGGAGCAUCCGAGACUCAAUCCAUGGAGGAAGACGGAUGGAGCACCGUCUCAAAACCAAAGAAGAACAACCGUGGAGGCAAUGCUGCCUCUCGCGCCAUCGCAUCAUAA